AUGGCGCUCCUGAUGCUCGACGGCUUCACAGAGCUACUGACAUCUCAUCCAUUUUCUUCGGCCUUUGUCGCCAUCAUUGUCCCCAUAGUAUACAUUCUAACCUGCGAUUUCUUCCUCUGGCUCCGUCUCCCUCCAGGUCCAACGCCAAUUCCAUUCCUCGGCAACAAGUUCAUCAUCCCAACCUCUUCACCAUGGAUCCAGUUCGAAGAAUGGUCUCACAAAUACGGCCCAAUAUUUACUCUCUGGAUCGGCCGACGCCCUACAAUCAUCAUAUCAGACCCCAACAUUGCCGUCGACCUACUCGAGAAGCGAAGCACAAAGUUCAGCUCUCGGCCUCGCUUCGUAGUCAUGGGUGAGCUGUACUGGGAUAACGCCGGGAUCCUAGUCCAGCCCUACGGCAAAGAAUGGCAAAUUCGACGAAGAAUGCUCCACCAAGCUCUCAAUCCAUCCGCACUAAAAUUAUACAAGCCAGUCCAAGAAGCCGAGGCAGCCCGGCUAUGCGGUGAUCUUCUCAAGACCCCACGCGACUACGAGGGCCUCAUCGACCGAUUCACUGCCAGCGUGGUCUUCAGCAUCGCAUACGGCCACAGAAUCGACUCUAUGACCUCGAAGAUAAUUCGACAAAGACUACACUUCAUGCAGUACUCAGCAUCCCUCAAUGUCCCCGGUCGCUAUCUAGCCGAAACAAUCCCCUGGCUUAAAUACAUCCCCAAUAUCCUCGCGCCCUGGAAAGCUGAGAUCCAGCGCCGAGGCCGCGAAGAGGCCGCCGUGAACAUGAGCCUACUCAACCAAGUCAAAGCCGAUCUUACCGCUGCAAAAUCACCCUCCGACAUCCCGGACUCGCUUUCUAAAUUGCUCCUCCAAGCCCGAGACGCAGAUCCCGCCUCUUUCGGCGCCCUCAGCGAAAGAGAUUUCUCCUUCGUGCCUGCAUCCCUCUUCGGCGCAGGAAGCGAUACAACAGCAAGCACACUAUGCACCGCAAUCCUAAUGCUCAUCACAAACCCCCAAGUCCAAGCAAUUGCCCACGCAGAGCUUGACCACGUCAUCGGCUCAAAGCGCCUACCGGCAUUCGCCGACGAGCAAAGCCUACCAUACAUCAAAGCCCUCUGUCAAGAAGUACUGCGUAUCCGCCCCGUCGCCGUGCUCGGCGGUACGCCGCACGCAAACUCUGAACCGGAUACGUACAAAGACCACUACAUUCCAGCAGGCACGACCAUUUUGUCGAAUAGUUGGGCUAUCAACCUCAAUCCGAGGUACUAUCCGAACCCCCACCAUUUCAAUCCGCUACGGUUCCUGGUCGGAGACCCAAGUGGACUUCCGUACCUGCCAUGUCUUUCAGAUCAAGAUCUUGCAGAGACGUCGCCGGAAAAGAGCCAUCCUGCGAAAGAAGGGCAUAGUUCGUUUGGCUGGGGCCGACGAAUUUGUCCUGGGGCGGGACUGGCGCAGAACUCGCUGUUCAUUGCGUUGGCGCGGCUGUUGUGGGCGUUUCGGUUUGAUCCGGUGCGGGAGAGUGAUGGGUCGGAAAGAGUUUAUGACUCUUUUGCGUAUACGCAAGGAUUCAAUAUUCGGCCGGAGGAGUUUGAGUGUGGGAUUUCUGUACGUUCUCGGGAACGUGGAUUGGUUUUAGAGGGGGAGUUAGAGGAGGCUGAAGUGGUUAUGGAUCGGUUCCCACCUUUUGAAGAGUGA